AUGGCUCAUUCAUACCUGAGUGCAACACUAGUUGCACUAAUCGUGCUAAUUAUAUCAUCAGUGCUACUUUUCGGAGCAAAAGCACAGCAGAUAAUAAGCACACCGUGCACGAGUUCAGUGAUAACCACAUUCACCCCUUGCAUAAACUACGUCACCGGGAGUAGUGGGACCGCUUCUUCCCCUACUAAAGACUGCUGCGAUUCAUUGAAAUCUGUCAUGACUAAUAACAUGGAUUGCGUUUGUCUCAUUGUCACUGGAAAUGUGCCCUUCUCGUUACCUUUCCUCAAUGCCAACUUGGCUAUUUCACUCCCUCGAGUCUGCCAAAAUUCCGUCCCGUUACAGUGCCAAGCCUCCGGAAUUCCCUUACCGGCUCCAGGUCCCGUUUUGUUUGGGCCACCUCAACCUCGACCUCGACCUCCAUCUCCAGCUCCAUCUCCAACUCAUGCUCAUGCUCCUUCUCCUCAUAGUUAUAGUCCAAAAGCUUCUAAAGCUGUGGCGGCCGUGGCUGCUCCACCGCCGACUGGAAGUUUGGAUAUUGCACCGGCGGCUCCACCUGAGUUUCCGGAGGGGCGAAGUGAAAAUCCGUGGAUUAGACCGGUGGUCAACCCCAACUCCGCCUCAAGUUCGUCCACAGUGUCUUCGCCAUCUCUUGUUGUUCUAACGUUUAUAGGAGUUGUGGCUUUCAAGUUCUUAUGGUGA